UGUAUUGAGUUUUGUUUCUCCUUUAACCGGAUUUGAGCACCAAUCUAAGCUAUGGAGAUUACAUGUUCUCGAAGCUUGUGUGUGUGUGAGUAUCUCACACGCACCGCACUCAAUUUGAGAGUAUUGCCUAUAAAUGUUGUGAUUUUCACGUCUAAUUGCAAAUUACGAAUUGAGUUUGUUGCUGCAACUUUUAUUGGAUUGGAGCUAUUAUUUAUGCCGAUGCUGAAUAAGCAAAAUUUGCGUAAUUCCUUUAUAUUUCUUUCUCAACUUGUGUAAUAGACUAAAUAGUAGGUGAUUACAAAGUUAGAUGUGAAUGAUCCGAGCACGUGAUACCUAUCCUCAUUUUCAUCUACCAGUAUUGGAACAUUAGACCUUUUGUUUCGUAACUUUCGAGUUUUAUGUUUGUCCUCAGCCUUUGAUUUUUUACUUUGGGAGUUCUUUGACAGUUAUGAAUCAUCUUUUGUUUCUCUGUGAGUUUCUUCUGUCUUUUCUGUUUUUGAAUGAGAAAUGUAUAAGGAUUUUUCUCUCCUACCCGUGAGAAACAGUAUUCCUUAAGGUAUUUCUUGGUGAGAAGCUGAACCGGAACUUGUACCACUUUCAGAAUUGACCUGUCAAAAUGUGCAAUAUUUGUAUGCAAUCCUAACAUACUCACAAAUGGUCAAGCAUUAUAAGUUCGUUGGGGAAUGGAAACAGAAGGCACUGGUGGAAUGGCAAAACGCAUGAAGACUUCUGUUGAGGAUAAAGAGACAGCUGUGGAAGAUGGAUCUGUUGUAGAGGUUCCAGCUGAAGAAAAUGUAGCAACUUCAAAUUCUGAACAGGUGGAUAUGGAGAUCACUCACAUCCUUGACAAGAUCAAUGACUUCACUCAGAUGGUGUCAGAGCUGCUAGAAUCAGGGAAGUCAAUGCUGAAGGAACUGAGCAAUGAAUUUGAAGAACGCAUGUUUCUAAUACACAAAGAACAGAUCGAAAAGUGGCAGGAGGAGAUCAAGGAACUUCGCGCACUUGACACUGCAAAUGAGGAGACAGAUGCUCUGCUGCAAAAUGCUAUAUGUCUAAUUCGUAACAUUCACGGUGGCUCUGAUAGUUACUAACCAUUAUAGUUGAACAAAAGAUCCCAUUUAACCAACAUCGUUACGUAGCUUCUGGGAGAAACCCUAGCAUCUGCACCAUUGUCAUAGUAGGAUAAUAAUAGUGGUACUAAUAUGGCUGAUAUCUUGUGUUAGGUUCUAGUAUAUGAUGUCGUGUUGUUGCUCAGAUAACUCUUGGGAUGAAAACAAAAGAAUGUAUAUCAUCUAUGGUUGUUAUUUGCAUAUCCGAAAUUACUCCUCUUUCUUCUUUACAGUGAGAGAUAUACUCAUCUUCUACCA